AUGAUAAGCUAUCUGUUUGUUUCUCCAGAACUCAGGAAUGUAUCGGAUGACGUCUUUGUUAUCAAUGACGCAGAUGAAAUCCCGGCACAUGAAGGCCUCCUUUUCCUUAAGCUAUUUGAUGGCUGGACAGAGCCUGUGGCCAUCCACAUGCGCAAGUCACUGUAUGGAUUUUUCUGGAAGCAGUUUGGCUCUCUAGAGGUGGUGUCAGCCUGCACGGUGGGGAUGCUCCGCAAUGUCUACAAUGGCGAUGGUAUCAAGCUCCGUCGUCGCGAAUACUACACCAUGCCGGGUUUCCGUAAGUAUGAGAAUGACACAGGCCAUAUCCUGGUGCAGUGGUCAGUGGGCAGCCCCAUUCACUUCGCUGGGUGGCACUGCUCCUGGUGCUUCACACCCGAGGGGAUCUACUUCAAGCUGGUGUCAGCACAGAACGGAGACUUCCCACGGUGGGGCGACUAUGAAGACAAGCGUGACCUCAACUACAUCCGCAAUCUGAUCAGGACCGGGGGCUGGUUUGAUGGCGCUCCGCAGAAAUAUCCCCCUGUAGACCCCAAAGAACACAUGUAUGCCCCCAAAUACAUGCUAGAGCACUAUGACAGGUACCGCUACCUCCUGGAGAACCCUUACAACAAAGUGUCCGGACUGUAAAGAUUUCAGCUAGGAAAAAAUAAGUUAAUAACUAGUAGUAGUUUUGGGGGAUGGAACAGUA